AGAAACAGAGAGAGAGAGAGAGAGAGAGAGAGAGAGGUAACUUUUUGGGAGGUUCAGGGGACCUCGUGUGACACCGAGCAUCUCCCUCCGUCCCUCGGUUGUAUCAGACCGGUUUUGUUGGUUGUCAUCUGCAUUUUAUUUAUAACCGACAAGAACAUUGGAUGGGAUGCACACACUGGCAAGACAAUCCCGGAAAUAACAUGCGUACUCGCAGCCCGUCACGUACGCUCACUGUGGCUUUGCAUUGCUGUAUGCUGCCGUGGAUAUCCUGCACAGUCUCAACAUGUUUAUAAGAUGGAUACAAACAAGAACGCAGCUCCAGAGUGAUAAAUGAGAGUGAUUGGUUAAAGAAACGCCAGUAAAAGAGGACUUGGACAUGAAACUUCUAGUGGCUGUGGCAAAGAUCCUCUCCGUCAGAGAAAGCAGCGGCUCAGCUAGAAAAUGAAGCGAGGACGUGAGCUACGUGCGCAUCCAGCAGAUGACGAGGUGAAAUGGAGAGCUUGGGACACACGGACCUUUUAAAAAGCUCUUCCCGCGGAUCUGUCGCUGGCUCGCAGGAGAGAAGGACGAGCGGCCAGCAGCUGGUCUUUGGCGCGGCAGAGAUUCACCACUCGUACCGAGCGGACAUGGGGCUUAACGGCUUCUGCGCGGCGCCGGUCGGGAGUCCAACGGCCGCGGAGUUACUCGCGGGUCUUUCCUCUCAGACAGACUCCUCUGCAAUCACAACCCCGACGAAGCAGUCCAAAACCGGCGUUCCCCUUUACAAUGGCGGGGUGGUGUCUCCAUCUGCCACGGUGGAGGGGAGCCACGCUGGCGUUUUGGCUCACACACCAAACGGUUACCCGGCACAAAUGAAGGGGGUGGCGGGGGUAACAGGCGGACCUAUACACCCCCUCAUCAGCAGAGCCUGUCUGGUGGAGAACGGGGACUGGGCAGCUCAUGAGAAGUGCACUUUCGUGAUGAGGAGGAUCAAUUGUGACCUGAGAGCCAGACAGGUGCAACAACAGAAACGGAGAGGUGGGGAGAAUCGGGGCAUGGGGUCAGGAACCCUAAAUGGUCUCAUAACAGGGUCACCGGGGUUAGGAAGUUCUGUGGACCCGCUUUUUGCUCCGGGGGACUCAGACUUUAAGCGGAGAAGGCUGGCCGAUGGAAGUGUUGCUCACAAAUCUUCCGAGGCCUCCAGAGUGGCACGAGCAGUCGCCCCACUCACGGUCACAGUUAACUGCAGCAACAGUUCCCAUAGCAACCAAAUGACUAUCAAUAAUUUGCACUGUGUCACUGCCCAAUCGCCCUUCACCCCUCAUACUAACCAGCACAAUGGACUUAAAAUGGCCUCCUCAGGCCUGCCAAAUGCACCCUGCCAGACCUCCCCCGUCAUGGCUAACUGCAUCCCAACCCUAGCACCUCCUGCAGGGGCUGGCUGGUCUGCAGAGCACAUAGCCCAGCAGUGCAUUGUCCCCUGUAUGAAAUACUAUGGCAUCUGUGUGAAGGACAACUUCCUGGGCCUUCAGCUGGGAGACAGGGUCCUGGAGGAAGUGGAGGUCCUAAACCGCAGCGGGAAAUUUCGGGGCGGGCAGCUGGUGAGCCAGAAGAGCAUUCCCUCUCGGAGCAUCCGGGGCGACCAGAUCGCCUGGGUUGAGGGACGAGAGCCCGGGUGCGAGAGCAUUGGGACGCUGAUGGCUUACAUUGAUGAGGCCGUCAUGCACAGCGCUGCCAAUGGACAGCUGGGGGACUGUGUCAUCAAUGGACGCACUAAGGCGAUGGUUGCUUGUUACCCAGGGAAUGGGGCGGGGUACGUCCGCCAUGUUGACAACCCAAACGGUGACGGACGCUGCAUCACGUGCAUCUACUAUCUCAACAAGGACUGGGAUGUCAAGAAACAAGGAGGGUUGCUGCAGAUCUACCCUGAAGGCAAAAAUGUGGUCGCCAACAUCAAACCUCUGUUUGACCGGCUGCUCAUCUUCUGGUCUGACCGCAGGAACCCUCACGAAGUCAAGCCAGCAUACGCCACUCGCUAUGCCAUCACAGUCUGGUACUUUGAUGCCAAAGAGAGAGCUGAAGCUAAAGAGAAGUACAGAUUGGCAACAGGACAGAAAGGUGUUCAAGUGCCUGUCACCCAAAACAGCAGAACUUAAAUCUCAUCUAAUCACUGGAGAGCACUCUGACAGUAUUUGUGCCUUCUUGAACUGCCGUGUGGAAGUGGAAGUUGCGAUCAAAAAGGGAGGAACCGUUAACGUGACAGUCAUUAAUGCUGCUCCAUGCCAGUCUCACAGUGUCAGCUGUCAGAUUGAGGACGCGGGCUGCGAUGUGAUGUUUCCCUGCCAUGUGAUCGGGCUGCCGAUCAAAGACGCGGCAGAUAUGAAGCACAAAAGACUCGAUUGUUGGGCAAAGGUGAAAUCAGAAUUGCGCGUUGAGGCAAAAGAAGAAGAAAAUACUAUGUAUAUGUAUGAAGACAAUAAACUGGAAGAAAAAAAAAACAUAAAUCAGAGAAAUGAUAAAUCAUUGUUUUACUCUGCUCUACUGUCAUUUUCAUAAAACACAAGGAGCAUAAAUGAUGAAUCAAAAGACAGACAGUGGGGGAAAAGGGGCGUAAGGAGUCGUCUCAUGAUGUGGUGUGUAUGUGAGUGUAAAAACAGGUAUAGAAAAGAGAAAACUGCAGAAAGUUGCCCUUUGCCACUCAUUCAGUCAGACCAGGCUAAAGCACUUACCCUAAAAAUGACAGGGAUGCACUUAAAACUUGCAUGAGGACAACUCUACACUGUAGUUUUACUCUAUAUAGCACACUUAGUAGAGUUAAUGUAUUUCUGGAUUUUAUUCAAAUAUCAGGCUAAAGAAUCUCUUGCAACGGCCUUAAAAUGUUAGUGCGACAAAAUCACUGAAUAACCCAGCAUGGACGUUUCCUUUUUUUUUUUGCAAUGUGUGAAGCUAAUUUUGAAGAUUGCACCUAAACUAAAUAAAGCUUUUUAAAUGUGCAAUGCUAACUGUAUGACAAAGCUAACACUUGAGACAAGAGGCAAGCUUUCCAGUAAAAAUAAUAGGGUUUGAUAAAACUGUGUGUGUGUGUGUGUGUGUGUGUGCGUGUGUGCGUGUGUGCAUGUGUGCAUGUGUGCAUUAGUAUGAGCCUGAAUGCACUUCCGGCUUGACUAUUUCUUGUUCGUAACAAGAUAGAAACAGUACGUAUCAGCAGUGUGGUCACAUGUCGUAUAAAUAAAUAAAACCAUCAACAGUAUAAAGCACAGAGUUAAGCAUACACUGUAUGUGAACUGCAGGGUCAAACUACUGCCUGCUCAUGUGUGGGAUUUUGUGUGUUAAAAUGUACUUGCACAUGUACGUAUGUGGCAAUUACUACUAUCGAAGAGGAUGGCUGAUGUUGUCUCAGUGUAUUUUCGGUUGGUUAAAGAGAAGGUUAUUUAUAAAAUAAAAUAAAGCACUUAGUUUGAAAUGCCAUGCGUGAAUGAUAGAAAAAGUAUAAUAAAAAUGUAGAUUAAUGCCUUUAUGCUGUGGAUAAUAUGGUCUUUCAAAUGCAAUAGAAACUAAAACAAUGAGAACAAAUGGAAAUUGUUUUUUGUUUUUAUUUUGAAAUAUUUAAUUAAAUUAAGCCUGUUUUUGUACACAAAGACUUUGUUAUUGAUUUAUUGAUUUGUCAGCUGAAUCCCAGGUUUAUUCAGCACUAAGGGUGUUGCGAUAUACCAGUAUUGAGGAUAACCGUGCUAAUUAAAAAUCAUGUUAAUCAUA